AUGGAGCCCCCGCCGCCCACUCCUUCUCCGUCGCUCUCGCUUUCCCCCUUCACACUCCCCUUAGCCCGUCGCCCUCGCUUUCCCCUCGUCGUCAUUGCUUCCCCCGUUGGUCUCGCUUUUCCCCACCGCACACUCCUUCCCCCGUCUCUCUCGCUUUCCCCCCCUGCCCACUCCUCCCGUCGUUCUCGUUUGCCCCCGUCACCCACUCCUUCCCCCGUCGCACUCGCUUUCCCCCGUCGCCUCUGGCUUUCCCCCGUCGUCCUUGCUUCCCCCAUCGCCCUCGCUUUCCCCCGUCGUCAUUGCUUUCCCCCGUUGCUCUCGCUUUCCCCAGCCGCCCACUCCUUCCCCCGUCUCUCUCGCUUUCCCCCGCCGCCCACUCCUUCUCCCGUCGUUCUCUCGCACACGCGUUCCCCGGCGCCCACACUUGUCACCGUCCCCCGUCGCUCUUGCUUUCCUCUGUCAUCCUCCCUCCCUUUCCUCUGUCGUCAUUACUUCCCCCAUCGCCCUCGUUUUCCCCCGCCGCCCACUCCUUCUCUGUCGCUCUCGCUUUCCCCCUUCACGCUCCCCUUAGCCCGUCGCCCUCGCUUUCCCCUCGUCGUCAUUGCUUCCCCCGUUGGUCUCGCUUUCCCCCGCCGCACACUCCUUCCCCCGUCUCUCUCGCUUUCCCCCCCUGCCCACUCCUUCUCCCGUCGUUCUCGUUUGCUCCCGUCACCCACUCCUUCCCCCGUUGCACUCGCUUUCCCCCGUCGCCUCUGGCUUUCCCCCGUCGUCCUUGCUUCCCCCACCGCCCUCGCUUUCCCCCGUCGUCAUUGCUUUCCCCCGUUGCUCUCGCUUUCCCCCGCCGCCCACUCCUUCCCCCGUCUCUCUCGCUUUCCCCCGCCGCCCACUCCUUCUCCCGUCGUUCUCGUUUGUCUCCGUCGCCCUUUCUCUACCCCGUCGCCCACACUUGUCACCGUCCCCCACGCUUUCCCGAGUCGCACACGCGUUCCCCGGCGCCCACACUUGUCACCGUCCCCCGUCGCUCUUGCUUUCCUCUGUCAUUCUCCCUCCUUUUCCUCUGUCGUCAUUACUUCCCCCAUCGCCCUUGUUUUCCCCCGCCGCCCACUCCUUCUCCCGUCGCUCUCGCUUUCCCCCGCAGCCACUCCAUUUCCCGUUGCUCUCUCUUGCCUCCGACACCCACUCCUUCCCCCGUCGCUGUCGCUUUCCCCCGUCUCCCUCCCUUUCCCCCGUUGUCCUUACCCUCCCCGUCGCUCUCGCACACUCCUCGUCGCUCUCGCUUUCCCCCGUCGCCUUUGUUACACACCGUCGUCAUUGCUUUCCUUCGUCGCCAGCUCCUUCCCCUCUCGCCCUCCCCUUCCGCCCCCGCCUUUUCUUGACCCCCGCCUUUGGCUCCCCCGUCGCUUUUGGUACACCCGUCGGUUUUGGUACACCCCCCGCCAUUGCUCCCCCACCCUCGUCACCUUCUCCUGCCCCGUCGCCCUCGUUUCUCCCCGUCACCCACCCCUUCCCCCUUUGCCCACGUUUCCAUCCGUCUCCCACCCUUUUCCCUGUCAUCCUCUCAUACACCCGUCGCCCCCGGUUUCCCCCGUCUCACCAUCUCUUACACCCGCCACCCUCGUAAGCUUGUGCCGCCCUCGUAAGCCCCCUGCCUUCCCUCUGCCUGAUACCCUUGGCUGUGUGCACUCAACUGCCUCCUUCUCCCCCCGCUUCUUCGUUCAGGGAUCCUUCCACCCUCAGCAGUCUCUCAUUACUCCUCCCUCCUCACCACCCCUCCGCCCGCCCCUCACCACCACCCUCCCAUCUCUUCUUAUAGCAGAUGGCUUACAAUUGCGGAGUGUGCGGAGCUGCCGGGUUCUCUGGUAG